AUGAAUAUAAAGAAAGGUGGCGUUAAGUGGAACCUGGAAGGUGUAAGAAAGAGAGUGGGGCAGAGAGGUGGCUGGGGGAUGGUGGCGGUGGCAGCAGACGCGGCGGUGAAGGGUGGCGCGGUGGUGAAGGGUGGCUAUUUGGAUAUGGUACAUGAAGAAGUGGUGAUGUUUGGGAGUAACUGGAUUGGAAUCGGGGUAAAUGAGGAUCAUAUGGUGGUGAAUGGUGAAAAGGAGCUUGUGAGUGUGGUGGUUCGAAGUUAUGUUGAGGGGAUAGUCUAUAAGCACAUGGUGAGGCUUGUUGGUGAUUACAAGGCUGUCUACCACGUCUAUUUUCUUGCGAUGUUCACUCCUUGUGCAAACAGUAAGCUGAAGCAUAAGAGGGAUAAAAAACAAACUGAAACCCAAUGUUGGGAGGAGGAAGAGCAAGAGAUGGGAUCAAAAGGUGAAAUCUAUUUUGUUCUUCAAAAUGCCUCGCUGGUUGCUGCUUAUGUUGGGAAGAGGUAUCAGAUUUUGAAUCCAAACAAGCAUGCCAAUUUCUUGCGAAGGAAAAACAAGAACCCUUAUGAUUAUAGGCCUGAUAUUGUGCAUGAGGCCCUUCUUCAAAUUAUGGGUAGUAGGAUUUGCAUGGCCGGUAGGGUACAUGGUGUAUUCAUUAAAACUGAUGAAGGAAUACUUAUCCGAGUGGAACCAAACACCCAGAUACCAAAGACUCUGGAAAGCUUUUGCAACAUGAUGGCUGAGCUACUGCAAAAGUUCAGCAUCAAAUCAAAGGGUAAUCGUGGAAAACUUUUGCGCCUAAUUGAAAAUCCUGUGACUCAACACUUACCCAUUAACUCUCGUAAGAUUGGGCUUUCCGUCAGUUCACCUAAGGCUGUUCAAAUUAAUGACUAUGUCGCCACUGCCAAUCAUGAUGAGAACCUUGUGUUUGUGGUAUGCUUAAUGCUUUCAUAUACAUUUUCCUAUGGCAGUGUUAGGUAACAAAAUGAAAGCGACAGACAGAGAUAGGGACAUGGACACAAACUUUAGUGCUAACUAGUUUUGUGAUAGUGGAGGACAAGGAAAAAUAUUUUAAGUGGACAUGAUUGCUCCUAGCUGGGCCACUGUCGGAAAAGUGUUUAGCCAUUGGAUCUUGCCAAAAUACAACUUUGUGUCUCUCUCUAUGUCUCAGUCACAGGCUCAUCUCAGUGUCCUGUCCACCAAAAUAAAGACAAUUAUGUGAUUCUGUUAGGGGCAUUAACUAACUUGUAGGCUUCUGUUAUGCAGGUUGGUGC